AGAAUUAGCUGUCGUGUCCAGAAGGUGAAAGGGAACUACGGCAAGCGAAGCAGACUAUAAAGGUGAAGUCAGUACGGUAGUAAGUUCUCACUGAUUACUUUGGUAUAAGAAUCUGCAAAUAUUUACGAAUACACUCGAACUUCAGAAACAGCAGGACAUCAUCAUCAUCAUCAUCAUCAUGGGGUACACAAAGGGGCAGCUGUGGCGCUGCCUGCUGCUGCUGUCCUGCUGUGUGCUUUGUGUUCACUCACAUGGAGAUCAACAUGGUCAAGUGUCAGGAAACCUACAUCCUCCCAUCACCCGUCUGGAUAGGAACAUGGUGCAGGACAAAGACCACAUCAUGGAGCAUUUAGACGGGGUGAUCGAAAAGCCAGAGUCGGAUAUGACCCCUCAAGAACUGCAGCUUCACUAUUUCAAAAUGCAUGACUAUGACGGUAACAACCUGCUGGAUGGGCUCGAGCUUGCCACUGCCAUUACACAUGUACACAAGGAGGAGAAAGGUGAGAACAGCCCACCAAUGAAAGAACAGGACCUCAUCAGUAUUAUUGAUCAAGUCCUUCGGGAUGAUGACAAAAACAAUGAUGGCUACAUCGACUACGCCGAGUUUGCGAAGUCUCUCCAGUAACAGGGGAGGUGUGUGUGUGUGUGUGUGUGUGUGUGUGUGUGAGUGGUGUAAGUGGUGGUGGGGUAUGGACGAGUGUGUGCUGCCUUACUGUGAGCUCUGAUUACCUCUAAUUGAACGGUAUCAGUGGUGUAUGCACUUCACAUACACAGGAAAGCUACAGCAUUCCUUAGACUGAGUGGCUGCACGUAGUAGUGCACAGCUCAGUCUUUUUGCUGUUUCAACACAUUUUAUUAAACUCCUAAAGCACUUGUAAUUCAAUGAUACAACUGUCAUCUCCCUCCAGGAUUGAAUCUGAGCAGCUAGGAUCUACUGAACAUACUUUAUCCUGUCAGAAUAAACUGUGGGAUGAAGUUAAAUGGAUUGUAUUAUGACACGAGAUGUCUAAAGAAACAAUAUAUUUCCUGAAUUUUUGACUUGCCAAAUCCAUCUGCUGUGAAGACAUGUCCUCCUUUAUUAUUGCUGCAGUGUGUUUUGAAGCAACAUUCUAAUUCAAAGCAAUGGAUGAUGUUGAAACAGGAUAUAAUUACUUCCUUUCCUGAGAACACCUCUUCAUCUAGCACUGAUGGAUAAUUGUCAAGCUUACUAAAUUUGCAUGAAAUCAUUUAUACAUUCCCUGAUUUUUUUAUUUAUUAUUAUUUUUUUUAAUAUAAAUGACUUUGGUAUGAGAAACUGACAUAAGAAACGUCUGCCAAAUCCCAGUUCUCGAAGAGUUUCCUUCCUGGCUUUACUGUAGAUAUCCAGCAGCUACUUUGGUUCUGUGAUAAAUAUGGCCACUAAGUGGCCAUAUUUUUCACAUUUCUCAACAGUGCUGAUCCAGUUCUUGCUUUUGGUAUGAAGAAAUAUGAUAAAUAUGGGUCUGUAAGUGUGAUUUAACCUGGCUACCUAGUAUGCUAUUGAUCACACAAACGUUUCCCAGUCCCAGUGCUGGAGCACCACUGUAUUUCACUCUGGAGUGUUUUGCUUUUUUUCACUUCAUCAGGUGUGUGAGGACAGGAACACCACUAACCUGUGUUAGUGCAGCAGUAUUCCAACAGUAACUGGAACCAGGAAAAACAGACUUAGAGGAUUUUGUCUUCUAAUAAAGACCAUUUAAGAGUGAUGAAGGGACUUUUUCUAGACUACUUGAUAUUUUCCUUCCAUCACACAAGUUGAAUGUAAUCCAAGCCUGUCAUAUUUGUCAUGUGUUGUUACUGUUGUUGUUCGUUAAAUUCUCAGCUGUACUUGAGUUAUUUGUGAACAGAGAAGAUAGACAACAGUUAUCAUAUGCCAAGUCUAAUUUAUUUCUAUCAAAAUAUAUGACAUCUGAUGUUGAAGUAAAUUUGUGUAUAUAUACUAUCAUUUGAAAUGUAGCACUGCUUAAGAACCCAUAUUCAGGUGGUAAGAGGAUUUUCUACAAGGCCAUACAUAAAUCUAGUUACACCAGACUAUUCAGAAUGUAAACAAGACUGUUUAAAAUAUUAUAUUUUCACAGUUUAAUGCUUGUAGGUUUGUGAAUGAAGUGUGAAUUAAUUAUUUUUGUUUUAGAAAAGUAUAUUAAUAACCUCAAGACAACAUCUGUUUUGGAACUGUAAUAAAAUUGUGUGAAAAUA